AUGAGCAUCCAGGAGAAGCGUCACAGGACAACCAUGCAGCACCUCCGCUAUCUCGAUAGCUUUAUGAAUGAAAUAGACCGUGAGGUCAUGAGCCUGACGGAUCGAGCUUUCAAGAGUCUGUGCAUUGGAGAUGAAGCCAUAUACAAUGACUCAGAGUUUUCCCCCUCUCCCGUCAGCUGCCACAAGCCAGUGGUGGAGGACGUCUCAAAAAAGACUCAAGAGAGUUCGUUUUCUGCUGUCAAAAAACUUAAUUCUCACCCCCUUAAUGGAGCGAGUGAUGUAUUGAGUAGAUCAAAUAAGUCAUCCAAAGACUCUGCACUUUUUGCUGUAUUUUCAGCCAAAAAGAAUGGGGAGAGCACCGAGAUGACAAAUGGUGAUUCGUGGGACAAAUCUGCUCUUCUCAGCAUCCAAAGAGAGCUCUCUGAGUUUUCUUCAGAUUACCAGAGUUUAGCAGUGGAACAUCUUUCCCAAGCCAAGAAUCACCUAAAAUCAGAUGAAAAAGGAUCCGCCAAAAAAUCAAGCAAGGAUGUAUCGCUUCCCUCUGGAAAAUCCUCUAAGAGUAAACACAGCAAAAACAACAAACUGAGACAACUGAAUUCCAUAAACUUUUUCCUCCACAGUGAAUUCAGUCCGUUCUUGUCAUGGAGGGAUUUUAAUAAAUUCCCCAUUGGUCAGGAGCACAUAUCGGAGAUUAUGUUAAGCAAUAGGCCACCUGAAUGGUAUGAUUUACCUCUUUACAAAGAAUUAACUGCAGCACAUGGACACUUUAAAUUAAGUUUUCCCCCAUCAGAGGAAAAAGAAGUUGAAAAGUGUCCUAUACAAAGUGAGACUCAUUUGCUUAAACCACAGGUACAAUCUUCAGUACCUAGUGUAGCCCCAAAGCCAGAGAAAGAGUCCAAGCACAUCCAACACAAUAUUCCUCCAAAGGACCCUCCUCUUGCCUCUGAACAGAGAUGUAACUCAGAAAGGGCAGAACCUUGCGUUCCCUGGAGAAAAAGCAGAAGUAGAGCAAAAAGUGCUGCUCCUGUGGGACAUUCCAUCAACUCACCAGUCUGUGAGAGGACAAGAACUGGAGAAAGGAGAGCACAGGCAUUUAAAAACGAAGUGAAGACAAUAGAGGACCAGACCUCCGCUAGUUCAACUCCUUUCAGUAUUUCACAGCUGUUGACACCAGUGAUACCCUCCAGACAUGGGACAGGAACUUCAGACAUACUGCAAACUGUGCUCUCACCCACUGCCUUUGAGGUCCCACUACUGGCGGAGAGAGAAGUGCAUCCGUCACCUGAGAUUAGGAGAGAGGGGUACAAAUCCAUAGCAUCAAGCUUGUUGUUCAAUCUCAAAGACAAUAGAAAACGGGUUAAGACAAUGUACAGUCCACCAAAGUUUAAAGGUCUGGAUGUGGCAAAUCAAAGCAAAGAGUCUUCCCAGCCUGAAGUGUCAAAAGAUGGCCUUGGAAUACAACAGAUUUCAGGAGAUACAACUAUUUCACCAGCUAGUCACAAAGCCAUCAUCUCUCAGAUGAGUCCCUUGCUGGAAACUGCAGACACUCAAACUUGCUCUCCUGCAAAUGGCGGGAUGCCAGAUGACUAUUUGGCAUUUAGUCUUCUUCAAUCUGGAACACUAAAAUCAGACAGGAGCCCUGCAGCUAAAAAGGCAACUUACCCCUCAUUACAACUUUACAGAAAAACUACUCCUGAGGAGAUUAAUAUUAGAGCAAAUGCUCAAACUGUGGUUGAAACAAGUUUGCAGGUUUUCACAGAUAAAGCCAGCAAAGAUCAUGACACAGAGCAUAGUUAUCCAAGUAAAUUGUUUAAAGGUGCAGAGUUGCAAAGCAAAAAUAAUCCCUUAGAGUCAACGCUAAAUGCCCCUAAACCCACUGUAGGUUUAAAUAGUGAAAGUUCUCUUGAAAACAAAUCUGGUAAAAGUUCAAGUGCAAGUUUACCAAACCUGGAAGAGCAAGUCAUUAGUGAUGGUACAAAUCAAAUGAAGGAUAGGUUGAAAACUAGUGAACAGAAAAGCCUUGUUAAAGAGAAGGAACCACAGAGAAAGGAGACAGGAGUAAAGCAUGUCUUUUCUGCACGACAGAACAACUACAUUAAAAGUCAGAGAUUUGUAAGUACAAAUGAUGAUAAUCAUAAUGAUAAUGAUAGUUCUAAUGCAGAAAAAGGGACUAUAAAGGAUAAAAAUGAAAAUGGCAAGUGGUCAAGGCAUUCCAAAAAUACAAAAACAAAAGAGAAAAGACAAGAGGAGCAUAUUGCAAACAUACAUAAAGAUAAAGUAAUGGACGGACCACUAUUGAUAGAAGGGGUUCAUGUAAGAGGAGAGGCUAACACAGCUAAAGAGCUAAAGAUGACAUCAAAGAGUGGUUUGGAAACUCAAAGAGAGCAAAAAGGAAACUCUGAAAAAAUGAAAAGAAACAUUUCUGAAAAGAGAACACUAUUUGGAUCAAUGGAACAGGUGCCUAAUAAGACAAAUGCACCAUUAAAGAGAGAGAAUGUUGUCAUCGAUAAGUACGACCUGGCCAAAAUGGCUUUAGAGGAAGUAAUUGCUGAACGAGAGCAAAGAAAGUUGAAAAGUAAGGCUCAAGGUGGUGAGUUACCCACCAGUGGAGAGGACCAACAGUCUAGUAUGUUCAUGCUGAAUGAGAGGGAGAAAAGUGCAAAGGAUGGCAAAGGUCAGAAUACUGUAUCUGCUUUUAAAACAAAUUGGCAGACUGGUCAAACGAGGUCAGAAGACAUGGCCAAACAUGGUGAAAGUCAUGUGGCUGAGGUAAAAUUAGCCAUGCCCUGUAAGCAGGAAGCAUCUAUUGGGCAGUGCCAGCAUGCAGGACCUAUACAAUAUAAUGAAAGAGAAAAAUUGUGCCUAGACAAUCAAGAAAGCAACACUGAUAAUGUCAGCAAGGAUGAUAAAUUAUGCCAAAAGAAAGAGUCGAUGAAUAAAAAUACAAGUAAUGCAAAGGAAUGCACAAAAACAGGUCAUCAUUUGAAAAGUAGCAAUCUUAGCAGUGUGGGACAGUGUGAGGAAGAGUUGGGCGUUAGUUCCUUUAAACCCGAGAUACCCCCAAGAAGAGGGAGAAGUAAUUCUCAUGGUAAUGACAGAGUAGGUGAAAAGACAGAAAGUAAUUCUGACUUUAAAAGAGAAGGUGACGCUACAGUCAAAACUGAGGACAUGGAAAGUAGGGAAGGUGACAAAGUUCAGUCAAGUCAAUCAAAGAAUCGAGGCCCCAAAAGAGGAAAUGUAUUGUCUCUGAAAGAGAAAUAUGACAAAGAAAGUAAGGUGAACCUCAAGGAUGCUCAGAAAGGUCAGCCUGUUGAAGAUGCAAGCUGCGAAAAGUCUAUGGAAGAGGGACCCAAUGAAAAGGCUCCAAAAGACAAAAUGAAACAUAAAUUUGUUCCACCAAAACUCACAGUUAGUGAUCCUGAAAGUGGGACUUAUUCCAUUAUCUACAAGGAGAUCGAUUCAGAGAGUGAACGGAAGUCUAACAGCUCCUCGAAAGAAACAGAAAGAGGCGAGGAACAUUCGAUUUCAAAAAGGAAACACAGUGUCACACAAGACUUCCAAAAAGCUAUACGUGAUCACACAAACAACAUAAAUGAGGAAAUGGAAGACAACAAGGUAAAAACGAACGAGAAGGAAGAGGGUUCUGAAGGUCAGAAGCAGAACAAAUCCAAAGGUCCUAGUAAAAGCUAUGUAAAAGACUUCUUCAAUGGACUCCUCUUUGGACUUUCAAGCUCAGAAAAGGGAAAAACUGUAGAUGAACAUGAGGAACUUUCUGAAACACUGUCAUCAGAGUCUUUUAAAACUGAUAAAGCCACAAAGGACAGUAUCACAGUACAUGAUAUCCUUGGGCAAUCUCACACUAUACCCUCAUCAAAUGGUAAACAAACACAUCACAGCAGUCGAUCUUCAAACUCAAGUGAGCUCUCUCUAUUUCAUGAAUCAGAACAGGGGGCAAAAUCACAACCGGAAGAGUUCUUGAGUAAAGCAGAGGUCUGCUACAUGAAAGAAAGAGUUGAUGGAAAGGUGAAGGAGAAUUUACAGAAACCAACAAUAGAUUCCUGCUCUUUAAGCAACCAUGAAAGUGAGUCUGAUGUUUCUCCACCGAGUGAUGUGGACAAUGGGGGAUGGGUGCACAACUUGAUCGAGUCAGCUAGAAGCUUAACACAAAUAUCACCCAGUCAUACUUCCUCCAAGGAUCAACAGCUUUCUCAGAAGGGCCACUUGAAUGGAUCUGAGAAAGAUGAGGAAGGUCUGGACCUCUGCAAGGACUGUGUCCAUUCUCCAGUUGCAUCAGUCAAGAGCCCCAAAACAAACCAACCAGCAAUGCAUUUAUUGUCCCUUCCAGCAAAUCACCUGGUCACAGUCAAAGAUAGAAAGCUAUCAGUUGGAAGUGGCUCUGUGUCUGAGGAGGAGGAGCAGCGCUCUGCUGUGAGCACUUUAUCUGAGGGCCUGGAAAGCUAUGAAACAUGCGGAGGGGAUGCCAUGGAGGAAAACAUUGCACCAGCAGAGGAUGAGGAGGGAUCCAAGGCACCCAGCGAGAGAUCUGCUUCAGUCUGCAGCGGAAAUGACAGUAAUGGUCAGAACAAGCCACCUGUUGUACCUCCAAAAACUGAAAAGGCUCUACGCCGAGCCAUGAAACUCACCACACGGAGGAUACAAAAGGCUGAAGCUAAAAGCAAACCUGAGCGUAAAGGCAGAAGCAGUGACAAAAGUGUCAGUCACAAGGCUGAGAGGAGACACCACAGCACUGACAAAUUACUUGACAGAUCAGAACACAGAUCGCUCAGCAGUGAUAGAAGCAGCGGUAAACACAGCGAACAUCUCAAUGACACAACGGAGCCCAAAACUCAAAGAAGCGAGAAGCAUGCUAGACACCAUAGUGGCCACAAGAGUCAAAACAUAGAAGAGAAUGAACCUAGUAAUAAACCGCAACAUGCAUCCAAAGACAAAGAAAGACAAACCAGUGACUCAAAAGGCCACCGCACUGAGAAACAACAAGAUGACACAUCAAACCAUGGGGAUCAUUUGGAGAACGGCAAUAUAAGUAAUGACAGUGAUCGAUUAGGUCGAAGCAAUGAAAAACACUUGCCCAAGAAACUGGAACGUAGGACUCAAAGUCUGGAUAGAUUUCUAAGGGAAAAACACGAAAACAUGUCAAGUCGCACUGGUGAAGUUAAAUCAAAUUUUUUAAUAGAAGGAUCCCAGUACUCUACUCCAAAGACAUUACCUUUGCGCCACAACAGCAUUGAACAUACUUAUGCACCAACCACUAAUCUUGUAACACAGUCCUUCCCAAUCACCCAGAGAAAGCUUUUACAGGACCCUGACUCUGGACAGUACUUUCUGGUGGAUAUCCCAGUACAGGUCAAAACGAAAACUUUCUUUGACCCAGAAACUAAAAGUUAUGUGCAACUGCCAGUACAGUCUCCUGAGGCUCCACCAAUGGAGGUUAUGAACACACCACCACUUAUGCUGUAUCAUGGCUUUGUUCCAGUGCCUGUACCAUCACAGAAGUCUGUUGUCAGGACUGCAGGAUCUAUGAUUCCUCCGGAUGACCUGAAAGACUUUGAACCUAGCAGGAAACAAAUGCAGGAGGACUUUAAUCAGAUAAAUAAUGAAGAAGUAAAUCCUUACAUUGAGCCAGUGUAUAUAUCACAAGAACAUACCCCUGAAGAGGAAAUUGAUAGUGUAAGAUGA